UGCAAUCACCUGGAGGCAGGUCCAGCCGAACCCUCAGAAGGUCAUCCGGGCUUCCCGCGGGGAGCGAUGAACCCCUCCGACCCCCAGUCCCACCUGCAGCACCACACCUCCCCCACCCUGGGCUCUCUCCCCCCCAAAGGCGCGCGCCAGGAGUCCCCGGACCCGAUGACCGCCUACUGCGACUCCAUCAGCGGCGGGUUCCACCAGCAGGGCGCGCAGAGGCCCGGCUACGGCCUCCAGGAGUACCCGUCCUCCCCGAACCCGUACCUGUGGCUCAACGGACCGGGGGUGACCCCCUCCGCCCCCUACAGCCCCGCGCCCUUCAUCCCUCCCUCCUACGGCUCCCAGCGGCCGUUCGUGGGCGGCUCUGCCGGGUUCGGCGCGCCGGACCUGGGCUGGUUCUCCAUCAGCACCCAGGAGGAGCUGCUGAAGCUGGUCCGGCCCCCCUACUCCUACUCGGCCCUCAUCGCCAUGGCCAUCCAGGGCGCGCAGGAGCGCAAGCUGACCCUGAGUCAGAUCUACCAGUACGUGUCGGACAACUUCCCCUUCUACAAGAGGAGCAAGGCGGGCUGGCAGAACUCGAUCCGGCACAACCUGUCCCUGAACGACUGCUUCAAGAAGGUCCCGAGGGACGAGGACGACCCAGGCAAAGGGAACUACUGGACGCUGGAUCCAAACUGUGAGAAGAUGUUCGACAACGGGAACUUUCGCAGGAAAAGGAAACGACGGUCCGACCCGAGCGUGGCCGGAGCUGCAGGAGCAGCUAAGGUGGAGGACUGCAGGGGGACCGUGGGCCCCUCCCUGAAGCCCUCAGAGAGCCCCCAGCUCCUGGGGCCCUCCUCCCCGGACUUGGACCCGACAAACGAACCCCACAGAUCCUCGUCUCCGCCGGGGCCCGCCUCGAACGCUCCGUGCUUCAAUAACUUUUACAGCAGCAUGUCGGCGCUCGGCUCAGGGGCCCCCGGCCGGCAGGGGCCCCUCGGGCUGGUGAACGAGCUGUCCAACAGGAACGUGAGCGCCCUGAGCCCAUACCCCCACCACGGCCACCCUGGCGGGCAGGACACAGGGGGGUCGGAGCACGGCGACGGCUUCCAUUUUAACCGUGGAGUUUACUACAACACGCUGGGCGGGGGGCAGGGGGGGCAGUUCAACUCCCACUUCUACAACAGCUUCAGUGUCAACAGCCUGAUCUACCCCCGGGACGGGACUGAGGUCUGACGCCUCCGGACCAGAACUUUACCGCCCAAUAAGACGCCUUUAGGAAGGACGUUUCAUCAAAACAGCAUCAGAGGCUGAAAACGGAGCACAAUCUCUUCAGAUCUCCGUUAAAAGAUCAAAGACACGCAGAGAUGAAACGAGCUCGCAGAUCUUUGAUCGAAAACAACAAUUCUUCAUCAAACUUUCACUAAAAAUGAUUUAUUUUUAA